UUUGCUCGUCGUGCAUUUCGUUCUCAGAGUUUCGGAUCAAGCGUUUUGGAAAUCGGUCUCUGGCGUUCGGUGGAAGAUGCCCAAUUCGGCGGGGGUUUCUGGAGUCUGAAGUUCGUUCUUCAUGGUCAUGUAUCCCAUUUCUUCAUGUAUGAUAAAAACCAAAAAGAUAUUAAACACAUUCGCCAGUCCACGGCUUGCGCCUCUCUUGAUCGACAUGGUUGUGACCUGUAAGCUACAUCAGCGUAUCGAUCAUGACACUAAUAGACAUCCUUUCUGGCAAAUGCAGUAUGAAGAGUCCCAUAUGGAGAUAGUCCCAUCUUUUCCUUGUGUUCACCCGAUACCACCCAAGUCCUAUACCAGACCACCGAACUCCGCUGCCAUUCUUGAGGCACCUACCCAAUACCCCAUUCAUAGAUCCCGCACCGGAACGAAGAACCGGGUUCCUGGACCUUUCGACCGCUCUUCAUCACUGAAAAAUCCAUCCUUUACAUUGGAAUUCACGUUACCGUCGUCCGCUUCCGAGUUCUCUUCAAUUUGUUGGCCGGAUUCCCGUGGCAUAUCGGCUUGUCUUUCGACGGUGGUGAGAGCAAGUCCAGCUACAGAUUGGAGUUGAUGCCAAGUGGUAUUUCCCAAUCCUGGGGCACUUGAUCCCGCUUCUGCAUGGACAAGGUCCGCUACAGCGUCGUCUUCGGGUCCAGUAUCUUCGAUUUUUUAUGUCGAUCGACAUGGUUGGACGACCACAUGUACUUCAGGUAGGUAAAAAUUUCCAUUCUACCGAAAUUCAUGAUGAUAC